AUGCCCCCGAGAUUACCGCUUGCGCAGGCGGCGCGGUGCUGCCGGGCAUUGAUUCAAGCACCCACGAGCUCGACCUCGGUUGUCUCCCUUUUCGCCGCGCUUUCGGUGCAGACGCGAAGCGCCUCGAUCCUCGGGAGCCUCUCCGACUUGAAGGAGGCAUACCACAAGCGCAUUCGCAAGGGUCGCGGACCUUCAUCAGGCAAAGGCAAAACAUCCGGCCGCGGUCAUAAUGGACAAAAGCAGAAGGGCAAAGUGAACCCGUGGUUCCAGGGUGGCCAGACACCUUUGAUCUUUAGCCAUGGCCAGAAAGGCUUCGUGAACCAUCGCGCUCCAGAGAUGGCCGAACUUAACCUCGACCGCGUCCAAGCAUUCAUCAACGCUGGCCGACUCGACCCAACGAAAAGAAUCACCCCUAGGGAGCUCAUUCUGUCUGGCUGUGUGGGCAAGAACCUGAAGGACGGAAUCAAGCUUCUCGCGCGCGGCAAGGAUACACUUCAGACCCCCAUUGAUAUCAUGGUGUCACGGGCUUCCGCCGCCGCCAUCACUUCAAUUGAGUCUGUUGGUGGCAAGAUUGUGACAAGAUACUACACAAAGGAGUCCCUCAAGCGGCUGGUGUACGGCGACAGUAUUAGUACAGACAAGCCUCUACCAUUCGGGCCGGAACAUGUCGAUGCGGUGUUGGAAGACUCGAGAGCUACCCAGAAACAUUAUUACCGCCUGCCUGACCCGACAGGUCGCUGGGACAUCGAAUACUAUCGGGAUCCGGCGCACCGGGGUUAUUUGAGCCAUCAACUCAAGCCGGGCGAGUCGCCCAGUUUGUACUUCAAGGUGCCUGGAGAGAAGAAGACAAUCUACAAGAGCAAGGUUAAGGAUGAGGGGGCGGCAGAGUUGGAUGUGAAGCUCUUUUAG